GCCGCAGAGAAUGGGCACCUAGGGAUUGUUCGGCGUCUAAUUGACGCCGAAAGGCCGGAUUAUUCUGCCUUGAACUGUCAAAACUCACUUGGAAUCUCGCCACUGAUGCUUGCUUGUAGCAAUGGCCAUACUAGCGUUGCAAAGUUCUUAUUGGAACAGAAUGCAAGUGUAAUGCUACAAGACCGUUGUCAAGAAACUGCGGUCCACCACGCUCUCCACCCCGAUGGCGAGGAUUUGGCCAUGUUAAUCCUCAAACACCCUGAUUUAGGAGAGAGAGCUCUUCAUUUUGCCGCUGCAAACGGGCAUAUACAGAUCGUCGAACUUCUCCUCUCUCUACGAGCAGAAAGAGACCCAGUGAAUGGGAAUGGCCAAACACCCCUGGCACUUGCAGCGCUAAAAGGAGAGGCAGAGAUCUCGGUCGAAUGGCUCAUGCGUCACGGAGCAGAUGGAAAUACUAGGGAUCUUGUUGGUGACACUCCCCUUAUAAAGGCUGCCAUGAAGGGAUUGGACAAAACUGUCAGCGCGCUUCUUAGCCAUGGAUGCAAUGCAGAGCUUGUCAACAAGGAAGGGAGAACUGCCUUGCAUUUUGCAGCGAAGAGUGGCCACGUUGCCAUUGGUAUAAAACUAUUGGAGAAGCACAAGAAG